CAAGGCCUGUACACCCUAGCACGCUCGGACAUUCCCGGCGGGUGCACUCCGAUAAACAUGAGGGCGGAGAUCAGGAAGUACGACGGAACGCCAACGAUCGUAAUCUACUACCGCUCGCUGUUCGAACCCUUGAACCAACGGGAUUGGGCUGGAACCCUGUGCGGAGGUCGCUACGAGUUGGCGUUUCAGAUUAUGGACCGCUUUCUGAAGCGACUGACGCAGCUGGGAGCAAAGUUGGUGUUUUUCGGUACCGGGCCCAGCCGCCGUGCCGACAGGAUUACGAAGGACAGCAACAGAAAGUACCACGAAUACUGGUUAAAAAUAGUUGACCUUGUGGACAAGGGAACCGAAAUUGACAAAAUAUGCAAAGGGCAUAUUCCGGACAACACCAACUAUCCGGUGAAGCUGCUGGCAAAGCGGUAUGGUCAGUUCCGGGUUCCGACCGAGGGCGACUGCAAGAAGGAGAUGGUCGCUUAUGCGCAAUCCGUCGGUGCGUUGGCCAUUAUUUCCAACAAUUCGGAUUUUAUGAUUUUUGAAGGAUCGUGGCGGUUCUGGUGCUCGAAGCGCAUCGAUUUCGAGAAGCUAACCGCGGAGGAAUUCGACCGUUCGGCGGUGCGUCAGCAUUUGGGACUGCAAACCAUCCAGCAGAUGGCGAUUCUUAGCACUCUGGCUAGCGGCAAUGUUUUUCUUCGAAGCGAAGAAACCUUUUCGUUCUUGGCUGGUCAUUCGAACAGUCCAGAAGGGAAGCUUGGUUCGGUCGCAGAAUUCGUGCGUCGACCGCAUGACGACGUGCUAGUGGACAUUUUCGGACUGGCAGCCAACGCAGGCGACCUGAGAGAGCGUUUCCAGAAAGGGUUGGACUUUUACGGAACGGAAGGUUCCCUGUCCGACGGUCUGGAUCUGAACUUGUUCAAAGAACAAGAUUUCCAUAAGAUGUGGACUGGAUUCCCGAUUGAAAUUAUCGACUGCCGCGUUGAAUUGCGUCAUGAUGGGCCCAGCUAUUUGACCCUUUCGAUCCGGCUCUUGCUGCGAGCAGCAGCCAUAAUCGGAUACCACCGUCAGCCCAAACACACGGAUCAUGAGUUCCUCCUGUUCAAGAAACACGACUCAGAUUACACCGAGGAAAUCCAUCCGUUAACCUUCCCGCAGCAUGUUGUGCCACCCACACUGGAGGCAAUGUUCUCCGAAGAUCCGGCCACUCGCGUCAACCUUGCCGACACGAAACUGCAGCUAUACAGCUGGAUCAUCUCCGACUCGCUCGAUCAUCGCCAGCUCGCGUCGAUUCCACCAAAGUUGAUGCCAACGGUUGCCGCGAUCUACCUGCUGGCCGAAGCUCAGCUCAUCGAUCUCUUCGAAGCGGACCUGCUGCUCGAGGUGGCCUACCAGAUCGCGUUCCAAGCGUAUGACAUGUUCCGCAUUCGGUACCCCAAGAGGCUGGAUCCGCGAGCGUUCCGCGUGGCUCUGUUCUACGCGACCAUCUGCCGGUACACAACGAAGGCGCUCACAGCGGUCGGUUUGGACACGUGCCAGUACCCGGGUUAUCCGCUGUUCGACGGGGUGCUGUUCCACAAUCUGUACCGGAAGUGGGCACGAGGCCUCGGGGAGAUCGAGACGAUUGAGCAGUGGAGGAUUUAUGCUGAUAUUUUUGUGGAGCCAUAGAGCGUGAUUUGGAAGCCUUACAGAGCAGGAACUGUUAACUGUUACA